AUGGUGAAGACCCUCGUCGCUCUUGCCACCGAGAGAAUGUUGCUCAAAACGAGCGGGCCGACAUUUUUGCGUGGCAUUGAGUUUAUGUAUGCUGCCGGUUUGGCCCCCGACAGACUCUCUGUGAUGAUGACCUCAUCUCAUAAAUUCGUCCUUCAAUUUCACUCAAAAUGUGAUAUUCGACCGUUUGCUGCGAAUUAUCCGAAUUUCGCGCGAGUAUUGCGUGGUAUUGUCCAUGUCCGAGCAUGGCGUAUAAAAUCAAUUGAAUUCGUGAAUGUUGCAUUCUAUAUGCGUGACGUCGACAAUUUGGACCGAGCGAUUGAAAAACUCGGAGUUGAACUUGUUCUUCUCAGAAACUGCACAUAUCCAGGUGUUUCACGUGGUGAGGAAGCUGUCAAGUUCCUGUCGGCUUUGAACAGAAAGAAGCAGGCGGUUGUGUGCGAGUAUGGCGAUGACCGCCUCAAGCAUCGCAUCGCGCGACGAAGUGGCUCGAAUCGCGUUCGUCGACCGAGCAGACUUCUUCAGGAUGGAGCACUUGCAAGACUCAAUGCUGAUAAUAAUGACCGAGGUGGUCAGGAUGGUGCACCAGUUGCCGCACCAGACGGCGAUCAUAUUGAUGGCGACAGACGAGAUUUCCCACAACCUCCGUCUCCAGAUCCGGGACUCGUGCAGCCACCAGCAAAUCCGCCUCCAAUAAAUCGAGCGGUAGAAUAUCAAUUUGAGCCGCGCAUGGUGCAUGCUGCUAUUCAGUUCCUUGGCGAACAGCGUCGACAGAGAAGGGAAGAGGAGGAAAUUCCACAGAUGCAUCCACCUAAUCCACCUAAUAAUAAUGAGCAUAUCGCGGCGGCGGCAGCAGCGGCAGCCGCAGCAGCCGGAGGUGGUGUCGUAGGCGGUCGUCGACACUACAAUCUACCAGCGGUUUUCGUUGCUCAUGCACUGGGAAAUGGCAAUGUAGUUCAAAAUAUUGGUCAAUACGAUAUUGUGUAUGCGGUGCCAGUGCCAGCUGAAGGAAUGAGGCCGAACAAUGCCAUUCAGCAGCAGCAGCAACAGCAGCAGCAAGCUCAAGUAGUCGCAGCAGCAGCCGCCGCUGUCGCUGCCGUUGCUGGUGGCGGUGGCGGUGGUCAGAAUGAGCAGCGAGAAGAAGUGAUCGUCAUUGAGCAUCUCGGGCCGCAGCAGCGUGUGUCGAAUGAACAAAUGGACAUUCAAAUUCAUGGAAUGGAACAGCAAAAUAAUGGAGACGCUCAAGAAAAUGAUAAUGAUGAAAGCGAUAGUGAAGAGGACGAGGAGGAAGAAGAUGAUGGUAGCGUUGAAAUGGAGAAUGCGGACGAUCGCCGCAACGAGCAAGAUGUUCAAGAAGACGCUGAUAUGGAACCAUUCGCUCUUUCACCGCCAAGAAUCCAAUAA